AUGGCCUCUACUUACCUUCCGAAAGGAAGCAAGGUUGGGUUUCCAUUUUUAAUCUUUGGCCUGCUAAACAAUCUUCUUUACGUCGUUAUUUUAUCUGCUGCGCUUGAUUUAGUAGGCGCCAAGAUAUCCAAAGGGGUUGUUUUACUUUCUAAUAUCGUCCCUUCUCUCUCUUGUAAACUUUUAGCUUCAAUAUUACAAGCUCAUAGAUACUCGGCUUCUAAAAGGGUCUUGGCUUGUGUUUUCCUAUCUUUCUUUGGGAUGCAAUGGAUCGCCUGGUCAUCUUCCGUCUCGUCUAGGAUGCUCGGCGUGUCCUUAGCAGCUAUCUCGUCAAGCUUUGGUGAAAUCACAUUUUUACAGCUUUCUAGUAGGUAUGAAUCUACCGCUUUGACUUGUUGGAGCUCUGGCACUGGCUUAGCUGGCCUGUUUGGUGCAUCCUUCUACCUUGUGUUCACAACAUGGUUUAACUUUACUGUGCGUACCACCCUUUUGAUAUCGAGUUUUCUUCCUUUAUUCUUAAUUUUUAAUUACUUCUGCAUUUUACCAAAGCCCGAGUACCAGCAUAUCUCUGUUCCUCACCAAAUGCCGUUCGAUGCAAUUCACCAAGGAGGAACUAGUUCUUCCAAAAACAUUCUCUCCUCUAUAAGGGUAUUCUUCUAUCUUGCAAAGCCAUUUUUACUAUCUCAUAUGCUGCCGCUGUUUUUAGUCUACCUUUCUGAAUAUACAAUUAAUGUCGGAGUAGCACCUACUCUAUUGUUCCCCCCAGAAGAUUCAGGACUAAACUCAUUUCGUGAUUUUUACCCUACAUAUCAAACCAUGUACCAACUCGGGGUUUUCAUAUCGCGCUCCUCUAUAGGAUGGCUUAAGGUUCCUUACGUUUUGGAGCUUUCUGUUAUUCAAUCUGGCAUCUUGGGUUUUACAAUCCUCCAGUCACUAUAUUACUUCAUUCACAGCUACCAUUUUUUGUUAUUAAUAAUCUUUGUUGAGGGACUUAUUGGUGGAACCGUUUAUGUCAAUGUCUAUCACACCUUGCAAAACCUUGGUCAUAUCGACAGUGAGAUGGCCAUAAGCGUUGUCAGCCCUUCUGACAGCACUGGUAUAUUUAUCGCAUCUCUUCUGUCUUUAGUCCUUGAACCCAGUCUUUGCGGCUACCAAGUACGACAUGGUCGAGAUUGGUGUAACCGUAUUUAG